GGAACUAUUGUGUGUGUGUGUGUGAGAGGGUUUUAAAACAGUAUUGAAAACACAUUUGAAUAUUGUUUGCUUUUUCUUUUAAAAAGAUUCUUUUCGAUGGCAGAGUUAAUUCAGUCGGAAAAUGCCACAAACACAUCAUUCUUUGAAGACAGUUCCAAAAAUGGAUCGUUUAUACGUGAAGGAUAUCUGGAUCUGACAUUAUUUGGUAAAAUAUUUGCAGGAAUUGACUUAUUUUUUGCUCCAUGGAUUAUUUUUGGAAACACACUAAUUCUAAUUGCAGUGUAUUUUGAACAUAAACUUCAUACAAUCCCCAAUGCAUUUAUUGCAAGUUUGGCUGUGGCAGAUCUUCUAGUCGGCCUUGUGACAAUACCACUUUACGUGGUCUUCUACCUAAAACUUCCAAAUGUGGAAAAGAACAAAUACCUUUGUCUCUUUAGAACCAGCAUGGCACUCUACUCUUGUGGGUCAUCUUUGUUGAACUUAUUACUGAUGUCUUUUGAUCGUUACCUUGCUGUGAUUUACCCUCUGAGGUAUCAUGCACUGAUGACCCCGAAGAGGGCUAAGAAUGCUUUGAUUGUUCUGUGGGUUUUCAUCACAGUUGUCAGCUUCGUUCCUCUAACUGGUUGGAAUGCCUGGAAAGAUGGCUCAGUGUGCGACCUCUAUGCUGUGUUGGCUCGUGAACACAUUUACUUUUCGGUCCAUUUUCUAGUUUUAUGCUGUCUCACAUUGACAACAAUCCUGUACUCACGGAUCUUCUAUGUGGCUCACUCGCAUCGUAAACAGAUACAAGCAUCAAGUAAAUUAAAUGCUGCAGCAACUAGAAGACGGGAAAGAGAGUUCAAGUCGGCCAAAGUGAUGUCUUUGAUUUUGUUGCUUUUUGUAUUGUUCUGGCUGCCCUAUUUGACUUGCGGUAUACUCAAGAUCUUCAAAUCUCUUACAUGGGAUGUGGUGGAAGUCUCAAAGAGUUUCGCUCUGUGUUUGAGUCUGAGCAACUCCAUGGUAAAUCCAAUUGUGUACUCUCUAUUGAAAAAAGACUUCAGGAAAGUUUUUCAAAACUUUUUGUUUUCAUGGUUUCGUUGCUGCACAGUAUGCAGAACCACAAACACUAGACAUGUUGUGAAUAUAUCGGAAGACAGUUCAACAACUGAAUUUAGCAUGUGUUUGAGGAAAUCUUCAUCUGUAUUUUAAUGUCAGCAAUGAAGAUUGUAUAAGAUGAUGUUUUAAAAUUGAAUGUAAUCUAUAUUACUUUGUGAAAUGUGUUGUUUUCUUUAUAAAAUGUUCAAAAUGUCACAGAAUCAGAUGUUUUAAUAACUUAUAAAGUUGCUUAUGGUGGUUGAUAAAAUGUUUUUCUUGGUAUUUAUCUUCUGCAUGGCUCAAUCUGAAUAACUGUGAGCAGUAUUAUUAGUUCCACCAUG